CGAGCGAGUUCAUUAUUUAGAACGACAUGAUCAGAGUUUAAUUGCGAAAGAAAUUGUACUAUAAAGAAGUCUGAUCAUGUCAAGAUCUGUAACUCAAUGAUAGCAUAAUGACGAAAGACGACGACGAAGCCAACCAGGGGCAAGGCAUGCCUCCACAAGAUGGCAAUCCCUCUACGUCUGCCAUGGUUCCAAUGCCUGCGCCUACUUUACCAGAAUAUAUAGAAGAAACUAUACCACCUCCUUCUUACGAAGAAAUAAUGGGUCACCAAACGCAGACAUCAGUUCAACAGACAGUAGCAGAACUUCCACCUUUGGCAUACGUUGAUAUUAUGCCGCGACUACUAAAAAAUGGAAAUAUUAAAAAUAAGAUUGCACCAGAAUUUGAUAAGUUUAGUUUUGUCAUAGAAGCGGCGAAUCAAUGGUUAAGAUCGAAUCCUGGUUUUGCAGUGUGGAAGUGUGAGACAGUUGAAAGAAAGGUUGAUGGUGGACGUGCAGGACAGCCUCCAAUCAUAGAGUUGGAAAAAAUGACAAUUCAUCAUUCCACAUAUGGUUUUAAUGUAUUCAUACGCGGAGUAAGAAUGUGGCUUGUAAAGAAAACUGGACAAGGUUCGCAACAGCAGCUUGGGUUGAUGAAUGUUGUACCAGAAAAAAAGAUAGUUGAAUGGCAAACAGUUAGAUCUGGAGGACUAUUUAUGAUGGAAGACCCCAUUUAUCGUAACACUAUAACCAGGACACAUGGCUUUGUAACAUACGACGGCUUGAUGGAAACAAUUGCUAAAUUGAAUUCAAAACUAAAAUCGUAUCCUCUGCCAGGGACUGUUUUAAACGUGGAAUGUGCAAUGAUGAAGACCUUUGAAUUUGCUGACGACUUCAAAGUGGACCCUGAUUCAACAUGUUACACAAGUGAAUCUAAAAUGAAAAGACUAACACAAAUAUUAAGAAUAUUUUACAUUUUAGGACCUCCAAUUUGCGAGGAAAUCUGUCUCAAGGAGUUCCAACCAGAAAUGACAAAACGCCCAACUGCGAUGGGACAACCGGCUUUUCAAUCAUGGCCUGAUUUGAACGGGCAACUUGGUUUUUGGCUGGCAAAUACAAGUGGAAUCCGAGUCGUUAAUAUUCAAGCAUUUAGUGCAAGAAUGAGCAAAGGAAGAGAAACUGUGAAUAUCAUGUCAGAUUGCACAGAUGAGGUUCAAUCAAGUUUCACCACACGUGAAUAUGUGAAGCUCCUGCGCGUGUUCUAUACGACAGGUUCCCCUAUCCAGUCGCAGCCAGUUGCUAAUUUUUCUAGCAGAUUGUUUCUUCCAGUAAGAAUCGGCAGACAGAUGUUUGAAAGCAUGUCUCAAACUAUGUUUAGAAUUGAAGCUUGGCUUCGUCUUGUAGGACUUCCUAUUUACAAUGUUGAAACCAUUCAGUACCUGUUGAAAGAGUCGAGCGUUGUUGGUGCAGAGCUUGACAAAUGUACCUGGAGUGAAAAUCCGACAGUUGGAAAUUUCUUCGUGACAGCAAUCAGGGUUUAUUUUCCAUGUGCUUUUAAUGAACCAGAUCCAAGAUUACUUCCACCCCAGCAGUAUUAUGAUUCUGCAUUCGCACCAGGAGCAUCAGGGAAUUGUUGCAGUAUAAGCUAACCCCGUAUCUUGCUUGUAGCAGUUUUGUAAUGACAAUCUCGUUAAUCGACGUUAUGCAGAUGCAUUUAUGUACAAUGCCAAAUGAAAUUUAUAUGUUUUUGUAUUUUUAUAAAUAUUUGAUUGGUUGGAAGUUUAAAAAAAAUCAAUCAUUUGGUACUGAAUGAAGUUUCAUAUUUUGAUAUUUCAGGUUAUUUUUUCUUAUUGAAGUAACGAAACAUUAUUCAAUCAAAUAUCUCGAAGUAUACUUAAUAUUAUUUUCUAUCCUACAUAAUCUGACAUUAAUUUUAGAAAGUGAUUAACUUUUAAAAAUUGUGAAAACCAAUCUUUAUGUUAACGACUGUUUUCAAUUUUGUCUGUCAAAAAUUAUCGCCAAAUAUUUUAAAACUAUAUAAGUAUUUAAACUGUGACAUUUAGUACAAAAAUCCAGUGAUGAAGACUGGUAGUGAGCAUGAAGUUAAAAGUGACACCAAAUCUCACUUAUGACUUAUCCAGAAAUAGUUUUAUUGUGAUCCCCUGAAUAUAUUAAUUGACUUUACCAAUCUUAUACCUUUUUUGGUCAUUCAAAUGGUAUAAACAAUGUUUUACUGUGGUGUAAACCAUAACUUUGACAAAAGUACAUGCUACCAAAAUUGUUCACUUAGUCUCAGAUUUCUAUAGAAUAACAGGAACACUUUUCAAAGCACAUUCAUUUCAAGUUUUAACAUUUUAUUUUUAUUAAGAUGAUAUGUUUGUUUAUAUUGUCUCAGAUGUUUUAUGUCUAAAUGACUUAACCAACAAAUUUCUAAUCUUCCAAACAAUGCAUUGGUAUGGGUUUUGCUUAUUGUUGAAGGCCGUACGGUGACCUAUAGUUGUUACAUUCUAUGUCAUUUGGUCUCUGGUGGAGUGUUGUCUCAUUUGCAAUUUUACCACAUCAGUUAUUUUGAUAUUGAAGGAGCAUGUGGAUUACCAAAGUUUAUUACUGUUUAUUACAUUAUUUUAUUUGUUCAUUGUUUUAAGGAAGUCGUACAACUUUGUUGUUAUUAUUGCUUUUGUUAUUAUUAAGUUUUUAUAUAUUUUUAAGCGAAUAUAAUAACUCUGAUAUAUGAAUUUAUUUUUUUCCACUGCUCGAUAGAUACCUUUAUAUCUACAUUAUCAAAUCACGAUCUGUUCUCUUGUAAUGUAUGUAUAACAAGAGACGCUUACCAUGUCGACGCACUCGGUAUCGCUCCUUUUGGAGUUCAUGCGAUUCCCUUAUUAGUUACCUUGAUUUGUCUCUUUUUAAUCGAUUGACGAGAUUUGAAUAUCGGUAAACUACAGUCGCCCUAAUCUCUUACUAUGUUCUAUGUAUACAUAUUUAAAUUGAAAUGCAAUGGUUUAGAAAACUUAGAAAAGGUGUGCCUUUAUAUGUCAAAUCUCAGAUGGAAAAUAAAUAUUUCAAAAUUCUUCAUAAAAUGUGUACAUAAGUUUCAUCUAUUUUACAUGUAUCAUAAAACAACUAUUGGGUUCCUGAGAAAACUAUCGUCCUUACUUCUACGAAACCUGACCAUCAAAGAUAUUCAACUUUGGAAAAGAACAACCGUAAAUUAUAUAUAAUAUUAUCCAAACGUGGAGUAACUGUAUCUUUAUAUUUUCGAGAAGCAAUUUGAAAUAAUUUCGAUGAAGAUUUUUUGUUAUUAUUUUCACUUUUAAAUAAAAUAAUGAGAUUUUAUUCUUUACAAGUGCAAUCUCUAAACGGUUUGUAUUUAUAUUUAUAUUUUUGAAUUUGUUUUAAUUUUAUUCUUUCACAUAUUACUAUAUCUUGGAUGUACAUUUUAUUUAAAUUUGUGUAUUUACUUGUAACUUUAGUUGACUUAAUCUUGUUUCAAUAAAAAAAAAAGCAUCUCGUUUUA